CGUGGAAGUUUCCUGGGAACUGCAUUUGUAAAAGAACUUUAAAAACACACAUAUUGUUAUAUAUGCGCAUUCUAUCCUUUGGUUAGAUAUAUUUAAUAGAAGUAAUUACUUUAAGUGGUUUACGGUGUUUGGGCGCCCUCUGGUGGUGCACUGCAUAUUAGUUUCUUUCUGUAUCGUUUUAAACAACAGUAAAACUUCACAGACAAGCAAAAAAAAGAAAUAUUAUGUCCUGGGUUUGUCACUGCAAGGAAACCAUCCAUCACACACUAUUGUUCAUCGGCGGUUAAAGUGCAGUUCAUCUUGGCCUGUAUCCCUGAGAUAAAACUAGUGAUGACAUUUGUUUUAUAUUCAUGUGAUCGUGGGCAGUCAAAUGCAAACCAUUUUUGUUUUUCUGUUUAAUACACAUUACAUUAUAUUUAUUUAGCAGCCACGUUUUAUUACUAUUACAGUGCAGAUACCUUGCGAAUAUCGCUCGCUGAAUAUUGCCAUAAAGUGCAACGUAGGCAUGCGCGAAGACAGCGCAUGCGCGAACAUGCGUGCUAUAAGUCAGCUGGGAUCUCAGUUCGGAUAGCGACAAAGACGCUCGUUUCGGGUGCAGAAAUGGAGUGUCAACAAGAAGGAGAACAGUAUCCCAAAACGAAGAGGAAAAGGCCAUCGGGGGCUCAGUACCGGAAAAGGAGAAAGGAGGAAGAGGAGAGGCGUAGGAGAGAAGCCAUUUUAAAAUAUCUAGAGUCAAGCUCAACAGCCAAUGAAGUGCCAAGCACGUCUUCCUCAGGUGAUGCUGUUUGUUCAGAACCGCUUGACGAAAUGACGCAUCGAUCGGCUGCGUCUCUUUCUGCUGAUGGGAACAUGAGACUGACCACCGAUUCCACCCUGCCAGUUUUCUCGGUCGCCGCAGAGACGUCCUCCCCUGUGCUGCCUGUCGAGGUGAAAACAGAUGGACCGUGUGCUGCUGGUGCUGCUGACUGGCCUUCGUAUCUGGGGGACACUGUGAGGACAGUCAUAGUGGGGAGGGGCCCGUAUCAGUGGCAGCAAGUAAAGGCAGAGUAUUCUGAAGUGAAGAUCAAGAGGCCAUCAGGGGCCCAAUACCGUAAAAGGAGAAAGGAGGAAGAGGAGAGGCAUACUAAACACCGCGAGGCAAUUUUAAAAUAUCUAGUGUCAAGCUCAACAACCGAUGAAGUGCCAAGCACAUCGUCCUCACGUGUCCCUGUUUGUUCAGCAACAGAGAUUUCCUCCUCUGCCUUCCCUGUUGAGAUGGAAACAGAUGAACUGUGUCCAGCUGAUCCUGCUGACUGGCCUUCACCUCUGACAGACAUUGUGAGAACAGAAUUAGUCCGGAGAGGACCGUAUCAGGUGUCACCUCUGGUCACUUGAGGUCGUAGAUCUGGCCACCACACAAGGUCCCGGCAUUGUUUGAGCCUGACUGUGCCCAAGUAGCCCUCGUGUGCCAUAGUGGGGACACGCUCACGAAGAACACUCGGGACCACAGUGCAGAGCCCUCUGGUGACACACUGGGUUCCAGCAUGCCAGCUCCUCACGGAUCCUGAAGUAGGGGGACAGCUCAUCCGACACCUCUGUAGGCCAGUCUUGUUUGAUGUACAGUGAAACAGAGGAAAGGACAGGGUCAGCUGCUGAGGCAUCCUGGGGCUCUUUCAGUGACGCUGUCUCCUGAAGGGGAGUGUGGAGAAGUUGGAUGAGGUCAUGCUCUUCUUGGUCUUGCGCAGGGGCUGAGACCUGGGUUGUGGGUGGCUUGGGAAGUGAACGUGAUAGCAGGUCAGCCACUACGUUGUCCCGGCCUAGUGUAAAUUGCAGGUGAUAGCUGUACUGCUGUAAGCGGUCGGCCCAGCGAUGAAGGUGGAGUGGUUUAUGGCCGGUACCUUAUGCACCCAGGAGGGUGGUGAGUGCUUGGUGGUUCGUCCUCAACAUAAAUUUACGUCCAUAGAGGUAUAUGUGCCAGCAUUCAUAGGCCCAGAGGCUCCCCUACGGAAUACUUCUGUUCUGUUGGACUUAGUGCUCGGGAACCAAAAUCAAUUGGUCUUCCCACUCCCCCCUGGAGCUGGGACAUCACGGCACCGAUGGCAAAGACGGAGGCAACACAGAUGACGAAGGUUGGGCUGGUUGGGUUAAAGUGUGCCAGGAUCGGUGGCGAGGUGAGCUGUGACUUCAGGCGGUGCACUGCAUCAGAGCAGGCGGGUGUCCAGAUCCAGGUGGUGCACUGCAUCAGAGCAGGCGGGUGUCCAAAUCCAGGUGGUGCACUGCAUCAGAGCAGGCGGGUGUCCAGAUCCAGGUGGUGCACUGCAUCACAGCAGGCGGGUGUCCAGAUCCAGGUGGUGCACUGCAUCACAGCAGGCGGGUGUCCAGAUCCAGGGCUUGUUUGUUCACAACAGUUUGCGCAGUGGUGCUGUUGUGUCAGAAUACUGCGGUAAAAAUCUGAGGUAAUAUGCCAGCAGGCGACUUGGGAUCUGGACCCCGAAGGAGGACUUCCAUGUUGGAGUGAAGUGGGUGUAUGCCUUCAGCAGAGAGGUGGAGCCCCACACACUCGAUGGCCCCAAAAACACACUUUUCCCCAUUUAGUGUGAGGUGAUGCUCAACUAAUGCUGCAAAGACGCUGUUGAGGCAUUUGUCAUGAGCUGAGGUGGUGGUGCCAUGGACAGCGAUGUCGUCUGAGUAGACGGCCACACUGUCUCCUGAAGGGGAGUGUGGAGAAGUUGGAUGAGGUCAUGCUAGUGCCAGUGGUCACAUUGAAGUCACCCAUGUCCAGAGGAGUGUCACCACGUUGGCACCCUUCAACCACCAAGCAAAGUUGCGAGUAAAACGUUUCCUUCAACGAGACAUCACUCACCGCGGUCGGAGCAUACACUGAGACAACAGACAAAUCAGCCAAGGAGGGUCUUAGCCUGAGUCUCAUGAUACGCUCGGUGAAAGGAGUGACAUCAGACCCUGGAGUGCCAAUCCCCCCAUUCCCCAAAUAAUUGUUUCCCUGCAAGUUGGAGGACCGCUUGCAGGGCUGGAUGCAGUCUAACGUCAUACCCAGGAUAAAGUGCUUGUAGACUGGGACAGAAAUGUUUGGAGUGAAGGUGUUUGUGCAAUAUAAUCAGGUUCACCACUCAAAGGUUUUUGUUAAGAGACAAUAUUUGGUCCACGGUGUUGAGACUAUACAUUGAUUUCUCUUUUUACAUACAACUUUGUUGUGAUCUGUAGUGCAAAUAUGUUUAUUCAGCAGAGGACGUUACCAAAAAAAGGUACCAGAUAGGUAGUGAUGGCAACGGCUCUCCCCAGAUACUUACCUGACAGGGGAAAUACAGUAAAAUCCACUUAUAAUGAACUUCAAGGGACCUUUAUAUCCAGAGUUGCUGUAUGCCCAGAACACAACUACAGGACACCAUUUACUCAUGCCACACCCCAGUAGACACACUGGUAUAGAUUAUUAUAUUGUACAUGUAGUAAUCCAACUUUACCUGAGCAGAUGCGUGACUAUUAAUAAUCCUGACUACAUAUCCGCGCUGGAUAUCACCGGCACGCCAUGCAUGUCCGUUAUAGCCAAACAAAACUACAGCUAAGAGCGGCCCUGGGGACCACAUUGUUUGUCCGUUAUAAGAGAAAUUCCGUUAUAUGCGAGUACUGGUGCAGAGUGUCACAUCAGCAGGGUGGGGUCUGCACGUCAUCCCAGCAGAGGCAGUAUGUGGCUCAGUGGGCUAAGACUCUGUGCCUGUGAUUGGAAGGUCUCCGGUUCAAGCUGAGCCACAUCAUGUCUGAGGAGAGCAUGAUGGGAGCAGACAACAAGAGAAUUCCCCCAUGGGGCCAUUGUGCACCGCCUUUGUGACAGAAAGACAGAUGGGCUCCAUCUGUAGGAGGCUCUUAUACUUACUGAUCAAGUAAAUGUAACAAUUUCAAAGUGGUGGUGGCUGAUGCGGCUCCCCAUUGGGCUUGUAAAGUGCUUUGGGUGUUUUGAAAACCACUAUAUAAAUGUAGCAUUUGUUCAUGCUCCUUACUCACUUCACCUGGGGUCUCAGCUCACAAAUUCUUGUGUUGAAGUAUUUUUCUGUCUGAUAUAUCGGCUCUCAGAUCAAUAAUUAGACUUUCAUUAAAGACAUCAGGAAUUAUGACAAUAUCCAAGGUCACCCCUGGCCAAACUGGGGCCCUAAACAGAAUUCAAUUUUGAGCCUCCCCCCCCCCCACCCCAUUACAAAAUGACUGUAUCACGAAAUGCCAUUUAGGUUUACAACCUUUAUUAGUAGGAACAAAUGAAAUGAACAGCCUCUUUCGGCGCAUUUGACCGCUAAUUGGUAAGAUGCUGCGUGCUGUCAGUCGUUGCAUCUCUUUUUUUCCUCUCCUGCCUUGGGCUGACUUGGUUGCCUGCGCGCGCCUCACGGCAGCGAUGCGCAUCCUUUGCGCUUUUGCAGAGAAUGCGCCCCCCUUGCAGAAAAUGGGGCCCCCUAUGGAUCGUGGGGCCCGACGCACAGCGCGUGUUCUGCGUGUAGGGAAGGGCGGCGCUAACAAUAUCCAUAAUAUAUACAUUAAAUCAUGAGUUAGUGGUCAUGUUAUGUUAAAGUUUAUAAAGUUUAUGUUGUUAUUUCUUUACUUCAAUGCUCCUUUUUUCCCUCAGAAUUGCCCCUCAACGGUUUCAGACUAUUAUAUAGGUAAAAAAUUGAAUGGACUGCAAAACUGAAAUCUAAUUUCAACAAAUAAAUCAUACAAAAAGUUUUUUUAUAGAGCAUAAGACUAGAAAAGCCAGCAGUACCUUUUGUCGCUGUUUUUUUCAGGGAAUGGAUACAAACGUACAAAAAAGUCUUCCGUACGUCUUUUUCUGUUACCGUGGAAGUUUCCUGGGAACUGCAUUUGUAAAAGAGCUUUAAAAACACACAUAUUGUUAUAUAUGCGCAGUCUAUCCUUUGGUUAGAUAUAUUUAAUGGAAGUAAUUACUUUAAGUGGUUUACGGUGUUUGGGCGCCCUCUGGUGGUGCACUGCAUAUUAGUUUCUUUCUGUAUCGUUUUAAACAACAGUAAAUCUUUACACAGACACGCAAAAAAAAGAAAAAUUAUGUCCUGGGUUUGUCACUGCAAGGAAACCAUCCAUCACACACUAUUGUUCAUCGGCGGUUAAAGUGCAGUUCAUCUUGGCCUGUAUCCCUGAGAUAAAACUAGUGAUGACAUUUGUUUUAUAUUCAUGUGAUCGUGGGCAGUCAAAUGCAAACCAUUUUUGUUUUUCUGUUUAAUACACAUUAUAUUAUAUUUAUUUAGCAGCUACGUUUUAUUACUAUUACAGUGCAGAUACCUUGCGAAUAUCGCUCGCUGAAUAUUGCCAUAAAGUGCAACGUAGGCAUGCGCGAAGACAGCGCAUGCGCGAACAUUCGUGCUAUAAGUCAGCUGGGAUCGCAGCUCGGAUAGCGACAAAGACGCUCGUUUCGGGUGCAGAAAUGGAGGUAUGGAGAACAAGCGGGAAGAGCUUUUCACCUUCCUGUCUGUGGGAGCUUACCCACCAGGGUAUAAGUCCCAGAGAUUAAAUCUUAGGAGGUAUGCCUCCAAACUCACGCUAAAGGGCAGAAGGACAGCUCUCCUUUGGAAGCAGACCAGCCAUGAGAACCGAAGAACAGGGAAGGAUGCUGUUCAGGGAGUUUCAUUCCUCUCCGUCUGGGGGGGGCACUUGGGGGUCCGUAAACACGCUCUGCCGUGUGCUCCAGAUGUUACUGGCAUGGCAUGACUAUUGACGUGGACGACUGGGUAUGUGGGCGACUUGUUUUCCUGUUUGAUGUAGUUGUAAAAACUGUAGACAUGUUAAUGAUGUAUUUCUUGUAGGUCCUGGAAUGUGAUAAAUGCCAGCAGCCGCUGGUAGCCCCACAGCCAUCACAGUGUAUUAGAGUAAAUGUGUACAGUAGUAUCUUAAUGUUACACUGACAUGACAGUAUUAAAUGUUAGAUAUAUGCUUUAAAAAGAAUAAAAUUCUGGUUUUGUUAUGA